CUGCUCACCAACAGCCAAAAUAACCUUUCUUCUCUCUUUUCAAUCUCUUGCAGGAAGUCCAAGGGAAAGCCAAAUGGUAAAAAGCCAGCACCAGAAGAGAAGAAACUUUACCUAGAGCCAGAAUACACCAAAUCCAGAAUUACUGACUUCGAAUUUAAGGAGCUAGUGAUGCUACCACGAGAAAUAGACCUCAACGAGUGGCUAGCCAGCAACACAACAACUUUCUUCCACCACAUCAACUUACAGUAUAGUACAAUCUCAGAGUUCUGUACAGGAGAGUCAUGUCAGACCAUGGCAGUGUGCAAUACACAGUACUACUGGUAUGAUGAGCGGGGGAAGAAGAUCAAGUGCACUGCUCCUCAGUACGUCGACUUCGUCAUGAGCUCGGUGCAGAAGCUCGUGACCGACGAGGACGUCUUCCCAACAAAAUAUGGCAAGGAAUUCCCCAACUCCUUCGAGUCCCUAGUGAAGAAGAUCUGCAAGUACCUGUUCCACGUGCUGGCCCAUAUCUACUCCUCCCACUUUAAGGAGACUUUGGCACUGGAGCUGCACGGACAUUUAAACACUCUCUACACACACUUUAUCCUAUUCAUCAGGGAGUUCAACCUGGUGGACCCUAAAGAGACCACCAUCAUGGAUGACCUCACAGAGGUCCUCUGCA